UUUUUUCAACUCGUCAUAUUUUUAUACACUGCACCCGAAAAGUAAAAAGGGUAUAUUUGGUUUGUGAAAAGUGAGUGGGAAAGGAAGCAUCUCCAUGAUGAGGCGAAUCGACGUGGCACAGCUACAGAUAAUGCACAGCCUAAGCACAAGUGAUAUUUAUAUGUUGGACUUGGACAUUAAUUGUCAAGAAAGAAUUUUUGAUUAUUUAACUUCUGGUGACUGCAUACAUACACCGCAGACUUGUUUGCACUGCGUCAAAGCUUUUCAAGAUUUGUCGGCCAUGAACGAUGGCAAAAUUCGAAUUGAUGGCUCAUCGGAAUAUUUUAAAUCGCAAUUUCUAUUGUUUUGCAUUGGAUGCGAGUUCAUAAAAGACCUAUUUAUCGAUAUCGGUGACUUAAGCCAUUUCUUAAAAUCUCUAAGCUGCAGCGAAAGGAAUUCGUUCUUUGCAAGUUUAAGCAAGAAAUUGAAAAGCAUGAACAAUUUGGAGCAAGUGCAAUUUUUUCUGUUCGGCGAAUUACAUAAGACAUGGAAUAUGGAACUCUUCGAAGAAAGUUUAUUAUCAUUAAAGGAGUUGCCAAAGCUAAGGAGUGUGAUAAUUGAUGUUGACGGCUGUUCAGUAAAAAAUAUACUCCAUUUGAAAAGACUCGAAAAAAUAACAUUCAGGCAUAAGGUUAGCCUGUACGACCUAAUAGGUUGUUGCAAGGCUAACAAAAACUUGCAAGCCCUGCAUGUUAAUAAAUUGAUGAUCUUGGCCCAGACCCAGCUGACAGAUAUUAUUGCGUACUGCAACAAACUGGAGGAGUUACACUUUGAGGCCGAAGGUACUGAUUAUGCUGACUUGGCACGGCUUCCAAAUCUGAAGAAACUGGUGGUUUCAGCUACUUCGUGUGGCUCCCUUUUUGAACUAUUCAAAGCUCUGGGUAAAGCUCAACAGCUGCAAUAUCUGCCGAUAAUCGGCAAAGUUUCUCCAGACGACAUUGAGGAAAUUGUGGGCAUAAAGUCUUUAAGACAUCUAAGCUGCUGUUUCUCAGAUAUGCAAUGCAUUGAGCAGCUGUCAAGUUUGACUGAACUUGAAGUACUUGAAAUAAAUAUUGACAAAUGUGAUAUCAUUCCUCCUGCCUUACUAAAUGUGCUUAAAGCGUGCAAGCUAUUACGUGUUCUUUUUAUUCAAGGCCCAGUCUGGGUAAAGGAUUUUCUGAAUAGUGCUCGAGAAGUGCUGCAAGAGGUUAGAAAUCCACUUGAACAAAAACCAUUACAGGUUAAAAUCGUUGCCCUCGAUUGGUUCAUUUCAGAGCUGGAGGACAACUUUUUAGUAGCCAGUAUACAGCGACCAGCUUGUUAUGAUAAUGAUGAGUCUCCACCGCAGGGCUGCUUCAAUUUUAAAUUUAAAUUCUAAUAUAUACGUGCAGUAUAUACAUCGUUUUAUUAUAUAUUAUAUAAUCAUAUAACAUAUAAUUGGUCAGCAUAAGAUCAUAAUGGAGGGGAGCAAAUUAUUUCAUAGCAUCAUUAUAUUUUAACAA